AUGCUGGAUACAAGUGACUCUAUAGCCCUCACGGCAUUUGUAGUAUCUAUAAUCGCGUUGGCUGCAACAGCGUCCCAGUUGCUACAGCAAUAUUUCACAACCGCAUAUGGAUACAAUCGUUGUUCGAGGCGGUUCAUCGGCGACUGGUCUCGCUUCCGACAUCGACGGUAUAUCUGGCGGGAGUUCCGAUUUGAGACCACAUUUGUCCGGCCCCAUAUUUAUAUCGGUUUUGCUGAUGCGAAGUUUAAUGCGCCAGCUCCGCCAUCUCCUUCAUGGAAUGUACUGGAUCUGAUUCCCCCCGUACGGAAAGAUAACGCCUGGCAGUCUAAGUACUUGGGGAAGUCUAUUCUGAUUAGCCAGCUUGGUGAUGACUUUAGUGACGUGCGCACCCAUGUUUCCUGGACAUUGUUUCUACAGCAUAUUAAAAUGUUCAAUGACCUCUCGAAUAGACGAAUGCAGACAGUUUCGUCGUCAUUACAUGCUGGAACUGAUCGAGAUUCUGAAACAUCAAGGCUUUACGACCAACUUUCGGACAGUGAUCAGAUUGAUGACCGGGAGUUAGAAGAUGGAUCCGGAUAUGUCCUUUCUGCUAAGGCAGACCACAGCGUAGAGCCAAAUAGACACUUUGGUAUCUGUGUCAAAUUCGAGCCGUGUACCUGGGAUGACCUUCCGGGAACAGCCAAUAUCUUGACAGGCACAGUUUCACUCCGGGACCUUGCCGUGUUUGGCCGUCUGCUGGGCCUCCAAUGGAAUUGUGGGCCAUUUAUGGGCACCCCAGGAAGGUUGGAGCAGCAAGGAGCCUCGGCGGGAGUGGAUAGUCUGCCCCCGAGAGGGGGAUUUCAAGCGAUUGGAAACAGUCUCGCCCUGACUGAAAAGGAACUUCCCCAGCUGCGGUAUGAGCAGAGAGAACAAUCGCCACCGGGGUUCCGAUUCCCCCGAAUGGAGACAUUCAUCAUCCACGAAGCCACAGUCGCCAUGUUCUAUGGACACAUAGUCCCGGAUGACGACCUUCUUCCCGGGUACUUGCCGAUCAGAGUUGGGGAUGCUGCAGCCUGGGAGACCCGGCUACAGCAAAUGUGGAUUCACCAACGCCCUGCCGCUUCAUCUACUUUCGUCCAUUGUCUGGUGCCAUUGCUCUCGACAGUCAUUAGCGAUCGUUUCACCUAUGCUGUACGUGUUCCAAAGCCCCACCAGUUCACCAUUGGGCCUUUUGCACGUCCCAACAUUACGGAUAGUUUUAGAGAAACUGUGGAUCGUGUCAUACAGAGCUGUAGCCAUCUUGACAACAUGGUACAAGAGAGACGCCCUGGAACGCUUGUCCGAAAGAUCGCAGCAGCGAUCGAUGACCUCCGGCAGUAUCCUCGACGUGCAAAUACCGGAGUACAAGACUUGAACUACUGGACAGUAUGUCAAGGUGAAGCUUCAGCAUGGGCUCAUUUCGAGAACGAUAAUAAUAAAGAGGCGGAAAUAUUUUUUCACAAGGUGCACGACUAUAUAGACAUGGUACAAGAGGAGCUCUCCUCUCUUAUCCGCAGGAAGGACGCAGCUAUUGGUAUAUACACCAACUUGUACUUCGACCUCGUUUGUGCGUUUUUCGAGUUUGCCAUCGAACAGAACAACAAUGGGCAGUCAGGAAAGGCGAAUAAGACGCGGAAAGGACCGAUCAUGCAGUGGCGGGCCACGAUGGAGGCCUUGUUUGAUAACCUAAACGUCAUUGAAGCUAGUUUCCGCGAACGGGGAAAACGACGCGCAAUCAUGCAUGCCAACGGGAUGUCCGCUGGAACUCUAGGGGAUCAGUUUGAUGUGGUAGUCCGCUGUGAAGGUAUCAGGGGAUAUGAUUCAGUCGACUCGGAUGAGAUAAGGGAGGCAACUAUAGCCAUGGUUUUCCGAGCAAUGUGCUGGUUAGUGACUUGA